AUGUCCGACAUACCGCAGUCUAUCAUCACUGCUUUGACAAAGUACCAAGAUAGACCGUUCAUCUUGUACCUCGAGAAGGAUUUGAUCAAGUUUAUCAAAAACUCCAUACUAGGCAACAUUAAACAACCAGAGUAUGUGAUUCAAGCACAAUAUUUGAAAAACUCAUAUUACAGGCUAUUAAGUCAUCAGUUAUGCCACUACUACCAUCUACAGCAUUGGAACAAUCAGUCAAAUGAAAUUGUUGUUACUCCCUUGGAAAAUUUUGAUUAUUCUGCGUUUUUGAUCAAAAUUGAAGACGAAUCAGGCGGUGACUUUGUCAAAGUUGCUGACGUGGCCCAUAAGUACCAGCCUACUCACUCUCCUGAUCCACCUAGUCAGAAUGGGUAUACCACCACCCACCCACAACAGCACCACCACCAGAAUCACUAUUCUCGUAAUCGUGUCUAUCAUUCUCCCCUGUACAACAAUAAUCACAAUCAAUACUACCACUACCACCAGCAUCCUCAGUAUCUGCAUCUGCAUCUGCAUAACUAUCAACCCUAUUCAAGCACGGAGCAUGUAAAUUCUACCAAAAACACAGAAACACCGCCUGUGUCGCAUCCACAACCUUUUAAACCAAAAAUGAUUGUUAAAAAGAUCAUCUCCAAGCCUGUUGCGAGCCCUUCAUCCAAUACCACCACCACCGCUGCCUCUGAUGUGACAGCUACUGCCGAUAAUAAUGCUAACAGCAGCAGCAGCGUAGAAGAUUUGUCAAGGUUGAAAAUUGAUGAAGUGUCCAGCAGUGCUCCACCUUCUGAGGGUUCUGACGAAUCUUCUCUCAACACCACUUCAUCUACGACUAUGGAAAGUCAAAGAGCCACAAAAGAAGCAUUAUACAAAAAAGUACGAGACGAGAUAUUCUUAAAAGAGGAUAAUGAGCAAAAUGGAGAGGAGGAGGAGGAAGACGACGACGACGACGACGACAACAACAACAACAACGACGAGCAAGUGGAGGAAGGAGCCGAGGACAAAGAGAGAGGUGAAAAUAAAAGCUACACUAAAGAAAGGUAUCCUAGAUCAAACUACCGCAAGGGUCGAGAGUACACUCCUGGUCAUCACAAGAAUCAGCGUUACUCAGUGCCAUACCAAAUACCAAUUCCUAUGCAGUACCCACACGUUUACCACCCACAUCAUAAUUCAGGUUCUCCAGCUAUUCCUCAAGCAAACACAGUUCCCGUGUUGUACAAUCCAUACUACCCAACCGUCCAUGCACCAUUAGUCCCUCAAACGUAUGCUGCAGCUGGCGCUGCACCACCAUAUGCACCAGCUUUCCAAGGCAUUCCCACUUUUGAUACUGAGACUGAGCGCAGGAUUUUGAAUAAUCCGUACAUUAUAUUACCUGGUGAUUUGGAUACUAAUGGCCGGUCAAAGAAUCCCAGCAAGAACAAUCAAUCUUUUAGCAAGACAAAGAGAACAAUGUAUCAGAAUGGUAAUGGAAGUGGUGCUAGUAUAGGACGAAACAACACUGUGAACGCAGAAAAGCCUUGA